AAUAAAUCAAUAAAAAUAUAUGCAGCAUAACGCCCAGCAGCAGCAGCUCGUGUUGAUUGCAUAGCAUUUUGUUGCAACCAACCAUCAGCGCGCAUGCCACAAUGCCGUCGGCUAUGCAACUCACCAGCUGAAAGCGUAAAACCAUUCGUGUAACGGCGGCAUUCCAGUUUUGUUUGGUUUUUUGCAAUACUCUACACGCCCGUGAUUAAUUACGACAGAGGUAAAUUUCGCUUGUUGUUCUCGGCUUUGAAGGCAGCCUAAUCCAGGUCAAAACACCGACAUUUAUAGCAACCAAUGCCGGCAGGAAACCUCGAUCACACAAAACUAAAUGCGAUUUGUUGCUGGAUACUUUGGUCACUGGUCACCGGUCAUUGGUCAAUUGUAACGCAAGGAGAAUGUGUUCGAUUUUUCAUAAUCGCAUAAACUUUCGCGGUUUGCGCAGCAACUCGAGUGGCAGCAAUAGUAGCGGCAGCAAUAUUAGUGAGAGCAUUAGCAGUCUAACCAAAGAACUGGACGCAGAUCGAAAUAAUAAUGGCGGAGGCGUGGGCAACAGUGAGCUCAACGGCGGGGAAACGACGUUUCAGAAUGACUGCAAAACGGAGAGCAUUUUACCUUUGAAGAGCGCCACCUCCACGCCAGAUAGUGCCUCUGACGAAAAUAUUGAUCCACAGUGCAAUAUGCCUGCCGCCAACGAAGAGCUGGUGGGCGAGCGUAGCAGCGUAGAAUGCGACAAUGGCGAAGAGGAGCUUGAGGCGACGGGUGAUAGCAAUGAGGCGUUGGAUUUGUCCGUGCUGCCGGGGAAUCGACUGCCGGUUAGUGGUCAUGUAGCAUUGGAGGCUUUACAACACACCAAAGUGGCGGUGGCGCAAUUUGCCGCCUCAGCGCUGAGUGGCGCACAAAAUUAUGGCGAAGCGAUGAGCGAGCUGGCAAUGGUACAGUCGACGAUACUGAAUGUGCAGCGGCAGCACCUCAUGCAACUGCAGCUCAUACAACACCUGCAGAGUCAGCUAAAGCGUGCAAGUGACGCUGAACAGCUGGACGAUGAGCAAACCGAUGAGUUAGAGCAGCAGCACUCCGUGUCAAAGAGGCGAUUGCUGCAAUCGCCACAGAUGGAAACGGAGGAGAAGAAGCACGACAAAGUCGUGUCUAAAAUGGAGCGACGGCAUGCAAUAGACAACACAAGCCCACACAGCGCAAGCGAAGGUGUCGAAUCAUUGAGACCACUGAGACCAGCGGCUACGUCAAAAGAUGAGAAUACAAAGACUGAAGAAUCAACAAGUGCAAUCGCGAGCUUGGACAUGCAAGUGAGAAAGAGCGGAAGUACGAAGACGCUAAGCAUGGGCAGUAUAAGCCACGAUACCGUUGUUACACCGCUGCCAAACUCCACCAUCCACAACAACAAUUACCAGCCUUUGAUGUGUGACAUUAGCUCCUCGCUCGCUUCCAGCAUUAUCACCAAUCAUGAUCCACCACCUGCUCCCAAUGAACCCAAUUGCUUGGAGAUGCUACAACGUCGCACUGAAGAGGUGCUUGAUUCAGCCUCGCAAAGUCUGCAUGCCUCUCAUCUGCAGGACGAGUAUGAGUAUACGCAAAAGGAUGCGCAGAGCAGGGGUGAAAUAUUUAAACAUCGCUGCAAGUACUGUGGCAAGAUUUUUGGCUCCUUUUCCGCAUUGCAGAUCCAUCUACGCUCACAUACUGGCGAGCGCCCUUUUCACUGUAAUGUCUGUGGCAGUAAAUUCACCACAAAAGGUAACCUGAAAGUCCACUAUCAACGGCAUACGCAAAUAUUUCCGCCAAUGUUAUUGGCGCCGGGACCGGGUGGCACAGUAGUAGAACAGUUUCCCGCAUACGGCGCACCGAUUGGUGGACCAUUGGUCAGAUUACCCGUGUCUAGCGAAGCAAAGGCAAUAGGUGUUGAAGAGCCUGUGUUGAGUACACAAAAGGAAAAAGCCGAAGAGUUGACACACCAGUCAACGUCUAAACCAGUAACACAACCAGAGGAGACACACUCGCCUGAUGAGACUCCGCAGGAUUUAAGUAAGCCGCAUCAUUCACCUGAAAGACACGAAAAUUCCGAGACCAUAGCACCAUGCAUUUCGCCAAAGACGCCCUCGAUAACGAAACAAAUCGCCGAGACCAAACUUGAUAAACCGGAACGCCCAACCAGCCACCAUUCGCUACACGCACAUCACCCGCCGAAACGCAGCAGUAGCACGCGGAAACGAAAUUCUCGCGCCAACACGCCGCACUCCGGUGUCAGUGAAUCACGUAAGUCACAUGCACACGAAGAACGUGACCGUGAACGCGAACGAGACCGUGAUAGGUUGGUGGAAGGUGGCGAAUUUACGCCCAAAUCUACAUCGUCUCUACGCCGCUCAUCAUUGAGUCGCAACUCAAGUAACAGCGGCCUCGAGCCGCACAUCUCCUCGGAAUAUUCGUUGGCGCAGAUGGAACGCAUUAUUGAUAAAUCUUGGGAGGAUCUAAUCGAAAUCGAUACCACUUCAGAGACUUCGAAGCUGCAACAGCUGGUCGACAAUAUUGAGAACAAGCUAACCGAUCCCAAUCAGUGCAUCUUCUGUCACAAGGUGAUGUCAUGCCGCAGCUCAUUGCAAAUGCAUAUACGCACACAUACCGGCGAACGACCGUUCCGUUGUAAAAUUUGCGGGCGUGCCUUUGCAACCAAGGGCAAUCUGAAGGCGCACAUGAGCAUUCACAAGAUCAAGCCACCGAUGCGCAGCCAAUUCAAGUGCCCUGUGUGCCAUCAAAAGUUCUCGAAUGGUGUGAUACUGCAGCAACACAUACGCAUACAUACCAUAGAUGACGGCAGUGGUGUCUUGGCUGGCUUGCCUGGUGUCGCCUUGAAUGGUGGUGUACUCGGUACAUUUUCACUGCCGCUAGGUGCGCUACCCGGCGCAGCUGGCAACGCGGAGGCAGUGGCGGAGCACAAUGCUCGUAUGAAAGCUCACAUGGAUGCAGCGAUCGAGGAUCAGAACUCGAACAAGUCUAUGGGCACCUCGGAUAAUUUUGACUUCUCCACCACCUCCGAUUAUUCAGGCCAGCGUUCCGAAUCAUCACAAGGGGACUACGAUGACUUCAUGACUAUGGAUAGCACGGAUGACUCGCGCGAGAAUAUGAAUUCAUUAACGCCUUUCGAUCGUCGGCUGGUCGAUGAAUAUGCUGACGAACGUGCACACGAGGGAGGAGAACGUGGCGAGAGCGGGGAGUUACCGAAUCCAGUGGCUGCUAUGGCGGCUGCGGCUGCUAUGGAUCUUUCGGCACGCGGUUUCCACACAAAUGGCAUGUCACAGAAGGCGCUGGAACAACUGCCCAUGUUGGGAAUGUCACCGAAUUUUUUGCUAAUGGCGGCGGCGCGCGAGGAGAUGCAAAUGUUGGGUGCGCAUGCAAAGUUUCCGCUUUUGCCUUUUGGACCGCUCGGCUUUAUGGGUUUACAUCCCCAAACGCAUUUAUGCAAUGUGUGUUACAAGAUAUUUCCCAACCCAGCAGCUCUCGAGCGCCACACACAUAGCGAACAUACCAAAGAUGUUGCUAAUAACAUAACAACAACUACAACAACCAUAGGGACAACGAUAGCAACUACUACAGCAGCUAGCAGCAAUAACAACAGCAAUGCAACCACGACAAGUGGCGCAGUUACGGCGAAUAAUACAAGUCGUUCUACGAAUUGUGAUAGGACAUCACCAUACAAUGCGAAGCUUACAGUGAGUUCCAAUCUUUUCCCCAAGCACACCAGCGGCGAGAUAGAAAGAGAUUGCGCCACACCAAAUGGUACAUCUGCAACAAAUAAUCAAAAAAACUUACCAAAUUUUCCCAGUAGCAAAAGUUCGGCAUGCGCGACACCCAAUAGUUCAACCGAGCAUGAAGUUAGCGGUACGCAAACGCUACACGAACGCAUCAAACAAGAACCCGGCACAGAGGCUGAGCUCGAACAACAACACCUAAAAACCGAUCUUUCAAGAUCCUCUCAAGCUGGUGCCCCAGUAUGCACACCAAACCAAACACCAACAUCCACACCAUCACCCCUGCCUACAACAUCAUUAGCGGCGUCCGCUUGCAUACCACCACACACAGUAUCCUCUAACCACCCCUUGGAGCUGCAGAAUGUGCCACCAACAGCGCGCUCGCCUUUCGAACUUUCUGCUCACCCGCAUCUAACAUUGCCGCACAACAACGCCGAACAAUCGCUCAUGCAAAUGCAAUUACUAUCCUCACUUCCGCAUGAUACCAUGCAAUCCAUGCAACUGCACUACGGACACGCCCAUUACCAUCACCAACAACAUCUCCAACAUCAACAACACCCGUCAUCGCAUCCCCAUCAACAAUUGUCACAUAAAUCUUUGCUGCCCGCAGAUGCUCAUCGCUUCCCCGCCAGCCCAUUGGACUUCCAACAGGCUCUGAUGUCAGUCGGGCCGCCGAGCUUGAGCGCCGAUGCCGCCUCCGGUGCGAAUCAGAAACAUUUUUGUCACGUCUGUCGGCGUAACUUCAGUUCGAGCUCAGCGCUACAGAUCCAUAUGCGUACCCACACUGGGGAUAAGCCGUUCCAGUGUAAUGUGUGCCAGAAGGCCUUCACAACUAAAGGAAAUUUGAAGGUGCACAUGGGUACGCACAUGUGGACGAAUCCCACAUCACGACGUGGUAGACGUAUGUCACUUGAGUUACCCUUACAUCGACCCGGAAGUAUGCCAGCCGAGACGGAUUUCAUGCAAAGGCGUCCUGAGUUAUUUUUCCCGUAUUUGCCGCCAUUUUUCAACGGAUUACCGCCAAAACCUAGCGAUCUGAGCCCUAGCACCUUUUCCAACCUGACACCACCACACUUUCCGAAUGGCGCGAAUGCUGGCAAAUAUCCACCCGGACUCUUGGGUCUGCCGCCUUUUCUGGCGCCUCCCUACAGCUUUCCGGGCAUGACGCCACAGUCAAUUGGCGAACGUGCGCAGGGAGGGGAUAGUAAAUCUCCAACACCAACAAGAGAUGAGCCCAAGAACUCGGAUAGUCUAACGCGUGGCACGACCUUAGAAGACACAGCGCCUUGGCAUAUGUUAAGUAAAAUUAAAACGGAGAACAAUCAAAAUGAAGAAAUGUCAACAACCCCGACGAAUAGCAAUCAAAUGGACGAGACGCGCGCCGAAGCGCAACGCGUAGUAGAUUAGUCGGCGGGGUAAGCAUGAAAUAUGUUAUACUGGGGUAAGCUUUCAAAAUUAUAGAACCACUUACUUUGUAUAAGAGAUUUUAGGCGACGUGAAAAAAAUGUGAAUGUGAAAUUAUUUUUAGCGGAUAGUGAAACUGAAAACAUGGUUUUGUGGAGUACAUAUCGUAAAAUCGUAAAUGCUUGAAAAUUAUUGCUAAAUUAUGAGCCCAUGAAUAUUGUAAUUAAAUGAAAUAAAAAAUAAACUAAAAUAAACAGUAGCGAACGUAUAUACAAAGGUAUGUAUGUCUGAAACGAAGAGAAAUAGAAUUCAGCGAGUUAGUUUUAAGUCCAAAGCAAAAGAGAAAAAUAAUUACACAACUAAAUAAAUACAAUAAUUAGUAUGGAACGCAUGUCUGCAUUUAAGUGGCAUUAAA